GUUCAGCUUCUCAACUUGUACUCAUCAUCGGCCGCAGUGAGGAGCCAUGUCGCGUACGUCGACGCCUGUACGCGCCAUACCCUCAAAUCUGUCCAGUAAAUCAGCCCUUUCAGCUCCUUCUCCCGUUCAAACAUACGAACCAUUCGUGAAAGCCACUCUUCGCCAACGUCUCACCUCCAAAGUCUUUCUGCUUUCUGCAAUAUUUAGCUGGUUCCAGGCAUUCUGUUGGUCAAUUUGGGCUCGCGGCGGAUUCAGGUUCUUGGGGUUUAGCGGUGUCUUGAUGUCACUUAUUCAACCGCUGACAAUCUUGGGUGGAUUAGCCAAUUGGAUGGUGGUCGCAGUCCCUGUUGUGGUUCUCCGAAAGUUGUAUCUGCACCCGGCACGAACGCGAGCAAGUUCUCCAGCGAAAACUUGGCAUGCAGCCUGGGUGAAACCAAGCACAAGACGGUCCCUCUCAGUGCUUUGCGCAUCUGCACUUCUUUCUACCGCAAUCUCUGUCCUCUCUGCACACUUGGUCGAAACUGAUGUCCAAGGAGAUCCCAGGCUCUCCCUCUUUGUCCAAUCAAAAAAGCACCCUCAAUACCUCAAUGGCAGACUCAUAUUCUUAAUCAUUACACAGCUCAUCAUGGCGGGCAGUUUCAUUGUUAGGGACGUGAUGCUUGAUCGUUUCGUUUUCCGCUGGAGCUUCUCACAGGUCAAGUUUGGCUUGCUCGACCUCUUUCAAGCCAUAUUGUUCGCCGCCGUUCUCACCUCUGCAUCCAUGGCAGUAGCGGCCUAUGUUUUCGCUCUUCUUAGGUUGUCACUUCCCGUCCUCUACAGAAUUCCCGUUCUACCCAUGCUGUUACGGCCAUUUACUGCACAUUUCCUCCGUGGUUCGUGGACGUUUCUUCUACCAUUCUACCAUUACCGGCUUCUGGUCCGAGCAUGGUUCCUCGGUUUCACGACGAUAGCCAACUGGGAAUUUUCUGAGGCACUCUUCGACUCGUUCAUUUCGCAGCCGAUUAGGGUGUCGCAUUAUACUGCUGACGCCACUGUAACGAUGGUUUCCGGUGUCACCUCUUUGGAUCGUACAUUCAAAUUCUUCGCACUAUUAGAACUCCAAGAGUUUGCUGCGGAUUCAUCUUCAACCGGGAGUACGCGCAGGACAGAGUUUUUCGGAAACCAGAAAUACUCUCCCCCCUUAUGGAGCCAACUGUGUCGAGAGUUACUUAUCCUUCUCGGCCAAGAUUAUCAACUAUUCCUACGUCGAGGUGCCCCAUUGUCACUUGCACCUCCGCCUGCGAAGGAAGUGGUAUCUCGGCCCGUUAAUGGGCCUCCUAUGACCCCGACUCAACUCAUCAAUAAACCGAUAUUCCAGUCCGGUAAAAAAUCGCCGAUAAAAACCGUCCUUGACUCACUAGCUGCAGAUGGGUCUCUUUCACAAGCUGUGGAGGCGGGAGCUGAAGCGGCACAUCUGCCGGAAGCCUUGAAGAGCGUGGAAGAUGCCCUCUUUAAGCCUGGCUUGGAGAAGAGUAAAGGGGAGGUCACCAAAGGUAUUAACGGUGCCAAGUCCCUAAUGGAACGCACAAAAACUGCGUUUUACGGCGCCACGCAGGGAUUCACCCCUCAAUGGAUGGGCACGGCAUUAUCUGGUGCAAGAAGCUGGUGGUCAGAAGAUAGACUAAGCAAGAUUGCGGAAGGAUGUGUGCCGUUCCGCGAGCUGGAUGCUGCUGCUAUAGAUGUGUUAUCCCGUUUAGUUUGUGCGUCUUUGAAGGAGGAUCGGUACGGGGUCGUUCAACGAGAUACUCCGAAGAUACUGGAGGCCAUGCUAUCGUUCUUAUCAGCGAUCGAGGAAUAUCAGCUUGAAAUCAAUGCUCGCCUUGAACCACCUUCAACUCAAGAGCAAGCAACGGCUGAAGAAGUUGUGCAGAGGGAAGCCUUGCGGAUGGAGAUCGAGAAAGCAGGUGAACACCUCGGUGUGAUCUGCAAUGAAUUGAAAGAGGGAGUUGGUCGAAUCGUACAAACUUUCGGGGACAAAUUACAAGCAUUCAAAUUCCCUCCCCAUACAGCACGAAAACUUCAGGGUUUCUUGGAUUAUUGCUAGGAUGUGGUACCGGAUGAUCCUGAGAUAUAUUUUCUACAUUAAUACCGAACCAAUAAACUGUAGACUGUGGAGUCUAAUUUCCUGGUCUGGAUCUAUCUAAGCUAAUGUCACACGGCUAACCUGUCUGUCCUGCCUUCUUUCACCAUUCCAGAACGACCAUGAAGGGCUACAACGC